UCAGGCCUCUCUCUCUUAUUACUAAUAAUACUCUUAACUCUCUCUUGCUUUUAUUAUUAUUUUCAUCUUUUUCCGAUCUUACAAUAUAUUUAUAUAUUGGAGUAAACGUAUACAAUUAUUCAUCUUCAAUUAAUAUUAUAUACUAUUCAACUAAACCAUUAUGGAGAAUCAUGCAGAAACUCUGAGGAACAGGUGUGCAGCAUGCUAUAGACAGUUUAACAGAAUGGAUCAUCUAGUGGAGCACAUGAGAAUAUCAUAUCACUCUGUUCAUGAACCCACUUGUGGAAUCUGCAAGAAACACUGCAGAUCAUUCGAGUCUUUAAGGGAACAUCUUAUUGGGCCACUGCCAAAGCAAGAAUGUAGAAACAUAUUCAGCACGAGAGGAUGCAGAUUCUGCUUAUCCAUCUUUGACAGCUCUUACUCUGUCAGAGUUCAUCAAGAGAGGUGUCAACUCUCUGGUCUCAAUGCUGGAGUACUUGGUCGAUUGGCAAAUUUAGGAAUAAGGGACAAUCUGGAUGGGAUAAACAGUAGAGGUAGCAGAGGAACACAGGUGGUGGCAAUGGCUUGUAAAAUGGUUGGGGGUGGCAUGGAUGGCACCCUCGAUGUCUGCGCAAGGGUCUGUCUCAUUGACCAAAAUGAAAACAUCAUAUUCCAUACUUAUGUAAAACCCACCAUUCCUGUCACUAACUACAGGUAUGAAACUACAGGCAUUCGAGCUGAGUAUUUAAGGGAUGCAAUGCCAGUGAGACAAGUGCAGGCUAAGAUUCAUGAGUUCCUUUGUAAUGGGGAACCCAUGUGGAGGAUCCGACCCACCAGAGGUGGUAGAGCUAAGAUUCUUGUUGGUCACGGUUUGGAUCAUGACCUUGAUCGUCUCCAGAUUGACUACCCAUCACUUAUGAUCAGGGAUACUGCGAAAUAUCCUCCGCUGAUGAAAACUAGCAAGCUCAGCAACUCACUCAAGUAUCUAACUCAAGCAUAUCUUGGUUAUGAUAUCCAAACUGGAAUCCAAGACCCUUAUGAGGAUUGUGUUGCGACAAUGAGGCUUUACAGUAGAAUGAGAUCACAGAAUCAUAGAGCGGAGGACUAUCCAUUGGCUUCAGACCCUCAAAAUCGAAACAACUUUGCUUCGUGGAGACAAUCUGAGCUUGAGAGAAUGAGCCCUGAACAAAUGUUGGCUCUCUCUAGGUCUGAUUAUUACUGUUGGUGCUUGGACUCCAAUUAAUUAAUUAUACAUUCUACACUUAUAUAUGAUUAAUAUAGAUUAAUAUAGCUGCGCUAUUGAUCUAUAAUUCUAUCAUCAUAGAUCAGUUAUGAAAAGUCAGCCUAUUAUUUAUAUAUAAUAACUAAUAAUAAACGGUGAUUUAUAUAGACAUAUAUGUAUUAUAUAUGUUUCAUUUAGUUUAACAUUAUUAUAUAUAUUUCAAGCUGAAGCGAUCGAUUCAUAAUGUACUAUAUUCGAGAGCAAUUUAUAGUAUAUGAAUUAUUGCUUGCUAUGAUCAAUAUAUAUUAUCUUAAUUAAAUCCCAUCUAUGAAUAGUUUUGCUCUUAAUAUUUAUACGUAACUUUAAAACUGUUUGAUUUUUUUUUUUGAGUGUAAUAAUAUUUUAAAAAUGUUUGACGAACUAUACAUUGCAGAUUUUAUUACAAUAAAAGAUAAUCAAAAUAAUUAUAACUUUAUUA